AUGCGGAGGCUACUGCAACCGUGUUGGUGGAUCUUUUUCUUGAAAAUCACCAGCUCCGUGCUCCAUGAUGUGGUGUGCUUCCCCGCUCUGACCGAAGGUUACGUGGGCUCUCUGCACGAGAGCAGACAUGGGAGUUCUGUGCAGAUCCGGAGGAGAAAGGCUUCAGGGGAUCCUUACUGGGCAUACUCGGGUACCUAUGGUCCCGAGCACUGGGUGACUUCCAGCGAGAAGUGUGGGGGGUCUCACCAGUCUCCCAUAGACAUCACAGACCACCUGGCCCAUGUUGGAGAUGAGUAUCAAGAGCUGCAGCUGGAUGGUUUUGACAAUGAAUCUUCAAACAAGACUUGGAUGAAAAACACAGGAAAAACAGUUGCUAUCCUGUUGAAGGACGAUUAUUUUGUCAGUGGUGCCGGGUUACCAGGCAGAUUCAAGGCAGAGAAAGUGGAGUUUCACUGGGGUCAAAGCAAUGGAUCAGAUGGCUCUGAACACAGCAUCAACGGCAAGAGGUUCCCCGUUGAGAUGCAGAUUUACUUCUACAAUCCUGAUGACUUUGACAGUUUUGGAACAGCAGUUCUAGAAAACAGGGUGGUAGGAGCCAUGGCCGUGUUUUUUCAAGUCAGUCAGAGGGACAAUUCAGCACUGGAUCCCAUUAUCCAUGGGUUGAAGGGCGUUGUACAUCAUGAGAAGGAGACCUUUCUGGAUCCCUUUGUGCUGAGGGAACUUCUGCCAACGUCGCUGGGGAGCUACUACCGCUACACAGGUUCCCUGACUACUCCUCCCUGCAGCGAGAUCGUGGAGUGGAUCGUCUUUAGGAAGCCUGUACCCAUUUCUUACCAUCAGCUGGAGGCAUUUUACUCCAUCUUCACCACUGAGCAGCAAGACCAUGUCAAGUCUGUGGAGUACCUGAGGAAUAACUUCCGACCACUGCAAAGCCUGAACAACAGGAAAGUAUCCAAGUCUGCUGUGAAGGAUGCUUGGAACCAAGAUAUGACAGACAUCUUGGAAAAUCCACUCGGCACAGAAGCUUCCAAAGCUUGUAGCACUCCUCCAGUGAACAUGAAAGUGCAGCCUGUGAACAGGACAGCGUUACUGGUAACCUGGAACCAACCAGAAACCAUUUACCACCCUCCAAUCAUGAACUACAUGAUCUCAUAUAGCUGGACUAAAAAUGAAGAUGAAAAGGAGAAGACUUUCACCAAGGACAGUGACAAGGACCUGAAGGCCAUCAUUAGCCAUGUCUCACCUGACAUCCUUUAUCUGUUCAGAGUUCAAGCAGUUUGCCGAAAUGAAAUGCGUAGUGACUUUAGCCAGACUAUGCUCUUUCAAGCUAACACCACUCGAAUUUUCGAGGGGACCCGAAUUGUGAAGACAGGAGUGCCCACAGCAUCUCCCGCCUCCUCAGCAGACAUGGCUCCCAUCAGCUCCGGCUCCUCCACCUGGACCUCCUCGGGGCUCCCCUUCUCCUUCGUGUCCAUGGCCACAGGCAUGGGUCCCUCCUCCAGCGGCAGCCAGGCCACCGUGGCCUCCGUGGUGACCAGCACCUUGCUGGCAGGGCUGGGCUUCAGCGGCGGGGGCAUCUCCUCGUUCCCCAGCAGCGUGUGGCCCACCCGGCUGCCCGCGGCCGCAGCCCCCACCAAGCAGGCCGGCCGGGCCGUGGUGGCCACCACCGAGGCCGCCGCCGCCUCCCCGGGGCCCGAGCGGGACUCGGCACUGACCAAGGAUGGCGAGGGAGCCGAGGAGGGGGAGAAGGAUGAAAAGAGUGAAAGCGAGGAUGGGGAGCGGGAGAAUGAGGAAGAGGAAGAAAAGGACGCUGAAAAGAAGGAGAAAAGCAGGGCGACGGCAGCCUCAGAGGCACGCAAUAGCACAGAGCCCAGCGUGGCCGUGGCUUCCCCCAACAGGACUGCUGAGGAAGAAGGAAAUAAAACCCUAUCGGGAGAAGUGCCAAACCAAAACGUGUCCCCCACGGCUGGAGGUGCCGAGAAGGAGAGCUUUGCCGAAGCCGACACUCAGCCCCAGCUGCUCCCUUCCACCAAAGUGCCACCAGCGUUCACCGAUGAACUGUACCUGGGCGAGAUGCCAAGAAGACCAGAGACAACAAGAAAACCUCCUCCAAAGAUGGACAGGUUUCCAGAGGAAUAUCCCUCAGAUAAUAAAUUCAUCACCGUUGACCCAGCUGGCAAGAACAGCUCCAGCAUGGCCACGAGACCUUCUCCUGGUAAAAUGGAAUGGAUCAUCCCACUCAUUGUGGUCUCAGCACUGACCUUCGUGUGCCUCAUUCUUCUCAUCACUGUUCUUGUCUACUGGAGAAAGUGUUUUCAGACUGCUCAUUUCUAUGUGGAGGACAGCAGUUCCCCCCGUGUGGUCCCCAAUGAAAGUAUUCCCAUUAUACCUAUUCCAGAUGAUAUGGAAGCAAUUCCAGUCAAGCAGUUUGUUAAACACAUCAGUGAGCUGUAUUCUAAUAACCAGCAUGGGUUCUCAGAAGACUUUGAGGAAGUGCAGCGCUGUACGGCUGACAUGAACAUCACUGCAGAGCAUUCCAACCAUCCUGACAACAAGCACAAGAACAGAUACAUCAACAUCCUGGCCUAUGAUCACAGCAGGGUGAAGCUAAGGCCUUUACCGGGGAAAGAUUCUAAGCACAGUGACUACAUUAAUGCUAAUUAUGUCGAUGGUUACAACAAAGCAAAAGCCUACAUUGCUACCCAGGGACCUUUAAAGUCUACCUUUGAAGAUUUCUGGAGGAUGAUUUGGGAACAAAAUACAGGAAUCAUUGUCAUGAUCACGAACCUUGUUGAAAAAGGAAGAAGGAAGUGCGAUCAGUACUGGCCGACGGAGAACAGCGAGGAGUACGGCAACAUCAUCGUCACUCUGAAGAGCACAAACGUCCACGCCUGCUACACCGUGCGCCGCUUCACCGUCAGGAACACCAAGAUGAAAAAGGGUCAGAAAGGGAACCCCAAAGGGCGGCAGAACGAGAGGACUGUCAUUCAGUACCACUACACCCAGUGGCCUGACAUGGGGGUGCCUGAGUAUGCUCUGCCCGUGCUCACCUUCGUCAGGAGAUCCUCAGCAGCCAGAACCCCAGGCAUGGGACCAGUGGUGGUACACUGCAGCGCUGGUGUUGGCAGAACUGGUACCUACAUUGUGAUAGACAGUAUGCUGCAGCAGAUAAAAGACAAAAGCACAGUUAAUGUCCUGGGUUUCCUGAAACAUAUCAGGACGCAGCGCAACUACCUCGUCCAGACAGAGGAGCAGUACAUUUUUAUUCAUGAUGCCUUGUUGGAAGCCAUCCUUGGGAAGGAGACAGAAGUGUCUGCAAACCAGCUGCAUAGUUAUGUUAACAGCAUCCUCAUUCCUGGCAUAGGAGGGAAGACACGGCUAGAAAAACAGUUCAAGCUGGUUACACAGUGUAAUGCAAAAUACGUGGAAUGCUUCAGUGCUCAGAAAGACUGCAACAAAGAGAAGAACAGGAACUCAUCAGUUGUGCCAUCUGAGCGUGCUAGAGUGGGCUUGGCACCACUGCCUGGAAUGAAGGGAACAGAUUACAUUAAUGCCUCUUAUAUCAUGGGCUACUACAGGAGUAACGAGUUCAUCAUAACCCAACAUCCACUGCCACAUACAACUAAGGAUUUCUGGAGAAUGAUCUGGGACCACAAUGCACAGAUCAUUGUCAUGCUGCCGGACAACCAGAGCCUGGCAGAAGAUGAGUUUGUGUACUGGCCAAGUCGUGAGGAAUCCAUGAACUGUGAGGCCUUUACUGUGACCCUUAUCAGCAAAGACAGACUGUGCCUCUCUAACGAAGAGCAGAUUAUCAUCCAUGACUUUAUCCUUGAAGCUACCCAGGAUGACUACGUCCUGGAAGUCCGCCACUUUCAGUGUCCCAAAUGGCCAAACCCCGACGCUCCCAUAAGCAGUACCUUUGAACUUAUCAAUGUAAUCAAGGAAGAGGCCUUAACAAGGGAUGGCCCCACCAUAGUUCAUGAUGAGUAUGGAGCUGUGUCAGCGGGAACUCUAUGUGCCCUUACCACUCUGUCUCAGCAGCUGGAGAAUGAAAAUGCUGUCGAUGUUUUCCAGGUGGCAAAGAUGAUAAAUCUUAUGCGGCCUGGAGUAUUUACAGACAUUGAACAGUACCAGUUUCUUUAUAAGGCAAUGCUCAGCUUGGUCAGCACUAAGGAAAAUGGAAAUGGUCCCAUGACACUGGACAAAAACGGUGCUGUGAUGGCCAGUGACGAAUCUGAUCCCGCAGAAAGCAUGGAGUCUCUUGUCUAA